UCUGCAGUGGCCAAAGGGACCCCGGAAACGCGCCGCUCGCGUCGCCAGCGCGCUGCAGAUCCAGGAAGCGGAACGAAUGAAGUUCAUUUCUCACAGCUGGUGAUGGCGGAUGCUGUCGAAAUAGAGACCAUGAAGAAUUAUAACAUAGCGUUUGAGAGGAUAGACCCGAGCAUUAGCCGCUAUCCCUACUGUAUUGUAUGGACGCCAAUCCCCGUGUUAUCAUGGCUCUUUCCUUUCAUCGGCCACAUGGGUAUUUGCACCUCCACUGGAGUGAUCCGCGAUUUUGCAGGUCCAUACUUUGUCUCAGAGGAUAACAUGGCUUUCGGAAGACCGACAAAUGAGAAUAUGGAGCUCACACUCGAGAGGGGAAAAACUCCUCCAUUUUAUUCAGAGCACAACCUUUGUUGUGACAACUGUCACUCGCAUGUUGCCAUGGCACUGAACCUGAUGCGCUAUGACAACAGCACCUGGUGGAAUAUGGUGAACCUCUGCCUGCUCUCACUCAUUCAUGGCAAACACGUCAGUUGCGUAGGCUUCCUGAAGACCUGGCUUCCUUUCUGCAUCUUGAGCAGUGUGAUCCUGGCUGUGACUCUGUCUCUAAACCUGCGAUGACCCAGCGGGGUCACACUCAGGCCAACGGGCUCGCCGCCCAUCGGAGACCCGUCACUCCAGCUCCGGCGGGACUCCACUGAAUGUCAACUUGAAGUCCAGCUCUUCGGAGCUCAACAUCAAACAUCAAACGCUAGACCUCUUUGUCGUAGGGUAGAGACAGCAAAUACACCAUGGCUUCAACGUCUUGUGGUGAUGUACGAAACGCUAUUCUCAAAACCUGUCUUCCAAAGGCAUGACUUUGGUGUCUCUUGAGGGUUAUGGUGCUCUUUUAUCGUUUGGUUAGACUUUGAUCUCCAAACUAUA